AUGGUCAGCAGAACAUUUCUGAAGCUGAUAAUCUCAAGACACUGUGCUGUGGACAUGCUUACUGUGACUGUGACGGCGACCAUUACACAGCCUGCUUCUGCGACCCCGACAAUCACAGCUGUGUCAGACUGCCACCCUCACGGAACUACCAACUGGUGCAUGGUCGGUACCGAGGAGUACCAGAUCUCCGGGCCUACUGCGACAGAGGAGUUCCAGGCACAAUACACAGACUGCCACAAGCACGGCAGUGACACAUACUGCGUUGACGAUACAGGCGAGGAUGUCGAGGUCAUCAUGGAGUCUACCGAGGAGACUACUCACUCUGGCGAGACUGCUGAGGAGCCCGCUGGAUCUCGAGAGCACUGCCACUUCCAUGCCGGUGUUGAACACUGCGUAGGCGGCAGCGAGGAGGUAUCUUGCGACGCGACGCCCCGUGACUACAACAUCCCCUUACGUAUUGGUCUUCUCUUUGUCAUCCUCGCUACCAGCGCGUUCGGUGUCUUCUUGCCUAUUCUGACGACCCGCUUUAACAUCAUCUCCCAGACGAACAUGAUAUUCGUUGUCCUGAAGCAGUUCGGUACCGGUAUCGUUCUGUCGACUGCCUUCGUCCAUCUUUUUACGCACGCCGAUCUUAUGUUCGGCAACGAAUGCCUGGGUGAGCUCCAGUACGAGGGAACUACCGCCGCUGUCUUCCUUGCUGGUCUCUUCCUGUCGUUCUUGGCGGACUACCUUGGUGCUCGUUUCGUUCAGUGGCGCCAGAAGAAGCACGCUGCGACCGACAGCGAGAUUCGCGGCACUCCUACUGACGGCAGUGAUAAGGCGGUAUCCGCGUCCAGCACACCGGAGAACGAGUUCAACCGCAGCCACAGCCUUCCUCAUGCCCACGGAGCCAUUCACAACGCCACUCCUAUGGAGGAGAAGAUCAAUGUCAUGAACCUCGAGGCUGGUAUUAUCUUCCACUCUAUCCUUAUCGGCAUCACCCUUGUAGUCGCCGGCGACUCUUUCUUCAUCACACUCUUCGUCGUCAUACUCUUCCACCAGAUGUUCGAGGGUAUCGCAUUAGGAACGUGUAUCGCCGAGCUACCCAAGGCUGCCGCAUCGACUCUGCAGAAGUGCAUCAUGGGUGGAACCUUCGCCCUCAUCACUCCAAUCGGUAUGGCUAUCGGUAUCGGCGUCUUGAACUCGUUCAAUGGAAACGACCCUUCCACCAUCGUCGCCAUCGGAACUCUUGAUGCGCUUUCAGCGGGUAUCCUGGCGUGGGUUGGUAUUGUCGAGAUGUUGGCGAGAGACUGGAUGCACGGGCGCUUGUUCAAUGCCAGUUUGAUCAGGUCAGCGGCAGCCAUGUUCGCAUUGGUCUGUGGUAUGGUGUUGAUGAGCGUGCUUGGCAAGUGGGCUUAG